GCAUGCAAAACAAAUAACUGUGUGGUUGGCAGUCGUUGUUGUGACGGAACGAAUUUCUACAGUUUAUUUCAUAGAAAAGUUUGGUAUAAUUUCAUAUUUUCUAAGCUGCUGAUUUCAAAAUAUGCCCUCAGGAGUUGCCAACAUGACGGACAACAUGCUGAGCGCUGCCACCGACGGCGGCCAUCUCGUCAAAAUGGAGGUGGACUACAGUGCCACUUGUGACGAGAAGAUCCCGGCGCUGAAGAAGGAGGCGGCCGAGGGACGGGUGCAGGAUGCCAUCAACGGCCUGCUGGCAUUGGAGAAACAGACGCGGACGGGCGCCGACAUGCACUCCACCAGCCGCGUCCUUGUGGCUAUCGUUCAGGUGUGUUUCGACGCCAAGGACCUGAACCUGCUGAACGAGAGCAUCAUCACACUCACCAAGCGGCGGAGUCAGCUCAAACAAAGCGUCGCCAAAAUGGUCCAGGAGGCGUGUACGUACGUGGACAAGCUGACGGACAAGGAGCAGAAGCUGAAGCUGAUCGACACACUGAGGACAGUCACAGAGGGAAAGAUUUACGUCGAGAUCGAGCGUGCGCGUCUGACGCACAAGCUGGCGAUGAUGAAGGAAGCCGACGGCGACAUCGUGGGCGCGGCCGACAUCCUGCAGGAGAUGCAAGUCGAAACGUACGGCAGCAUGGAGAAGACGGAAAAGGUCACCCUCAUUCUAGAGCAGAUGCGUCUGUGUCUGCUGAAGAAGGAUUACAUCCGCACACAAAUUAUCGCCAAGAAGAUCAACGUCAAGUUCUUCGAGGCGGCUGACACACACGAACUGAAAAUGAAAUAUUACAAUUUGAUGAUCGAGCUGGACCAGAACAUCGGCUCCAACCUGUCCAUCUGCAAGCACUACCUGGCAAUUUACAACACCCCGUCAGUACAGGAGGACGAGACCAAAAAGACGACGGCACUGCGGCACGCGGUGCUGUACCUGGUGCUGGCUUCCUACGACAACGAGCAGUCGGACCUCACCCACCGCCUGCUGCAGGACAAGACGCUAGAGCUGAUACCCACCUACAAGUCGUUUGUGGAGCUGUUUGUUAACGCUGAACUGAUCCGCUGGGCGGCGCUAGUGCAGAUGUACGAGGCUCCUCUAAGGAAGGGCUCGGCCGAGUCACCGGCGACUGAUGUCUUCUCUGACACGGAGGCCGGAAACAAACGCUGGCAGCAGCUCAAGAAACGAUGCGUCGAACACAACAUUGACGUAAUGUCGCGGUACUACCGUCGUGUGCGGCUCUCGCGGAUGGCGCAGCUGCUGGAACUCACUGAGGCUGAGACCGAGGAGUUCCUCUCGCAAAUGGUGGUCGGCGGCGCCAUUCAGGCCAAGACCGACCGACUCGAGGGCAUCGUGUCGUUCAUCAAGACCAAGGACCCGACGGACAUCCUGACAGAGUGGUCGUCGGGCAUAUCUUCCCUGAUGAUGCUGGUGACCAAGACGACCCACCUCAUCAACAAGGAGGAGAUGGUGCACAAGCACCUGCUGCCCUCGGCCGACUGAGCCGGCGCCGAGCGCCUGGACCUGUUGAACUCCUGCCCGCCGCAGCCACAGGCAAUGUCGCAGCUGUGUUUAUGAAUGGCUGCCUCGUCAUUGUUGGAGCGGUGUCGCUGGUUCCAGCGUGUGGCUCGUGCGGGAGGAUUGAUAGGACGGUCGACCGAGGACAGGAGGAGUAUCAGUGAAUCAGCAGUGGUGUUUCCGAUGAGGAACUCUGUCCGCACAGACUGAGAAUUUCAUAGAGCGCCGCUCAGACUCUGAAUAGGUGUAUGGACGCUCAGUUCGUUGCAUUCGUAAGCUGUUUUGUGAAGCUCAUGACGAACACUGCUCCGAUCACUCCAAACAUGAAGUAAGACCUGGAAGACAGGUAACAGCAGACGAACGGACGGUGAACUUACAAUCUCGGCUUGUCGACUGUUUCAGCAAUGUCGCAGUGUCGCAGUGUCCUAUGUCUCGUGCUGAAAUUCGGACAAUAUAUUUGUCGGUAUUGUUUGGGUCC